AUGGACACCAAGCUAUUACAAAGACUCGACUUGUUGGCCGAUAAUACACUAUCCAUUGUUUUUGAAAAGCAACGAUUGAAGCAGCUCAAAUUGAAUGUGGAUAAGUAUCAAAUAAACAUAGACAAGAACCUCACACAGCUAAGAGACGGCAUCAAAGUGCUUGAGCAGCAACUAUCCGAUGAAGAGCUGACAGGGUCAAGAGAUACCAAAGCAGAGGAAGACAAAUUGAUUCAGCUCCAAGUCAAAGUGGAUAAGCUCGAUGCAUUGCUAGGCAAUCAAGAUGACGCUACUGCCAGGGAGAUUUUGCUGGGAGAUAAACGAGGCAAGAACUCGUCUGUUCGGUUUACAUCUAUCGACAUGGAUCAGACCGACGAUAUGGAGAACGGACAGAUUUUGCAAUUGCAGCAGCGCAUUAUGGACGACCAAGAUCAGGACUUGGACCACUUGUCCGAUGCCAUCCGUAGACAAAGAGAAUUAGGCCUGCUUAUUGGCGAUGAGCUGGAAACACAUGCACAGAUUAUCGAUGAAACGGAGGAGAUGGUGGAUAGGACAGACGAGAGAUUAAGACAAGCCAAGAAGAAGCUGGACUAUGUUGGCAGAAAGGUCAAAGAUAACAAGUCAGUUUGCAUCGUUAUUGCAUUAAUUAUACUGUUCUUCAUUCUGGUUGGAUUGUUUCGCUGA